AUGACACCUGAAGAGCAUGCGAGAUUAGAGACCUUGAACCAAAUCACGGAUUCUGUUUUUAAGCAAUCAAUCUCCAAUGAAGAAAAGUUUCGGUCUUUGAAGUUAAUUGUCUUUCAAGCUCUCCCUGCAUACCAGUUCAAAGACAUUACCGAUUCGUACCUCAAUAGUAUACUUGUUAAAGUUUUAAAAUGCUUAGACUUACUAGCUAUUGAACUGUAUUUGGAACUAAUCGAGAACAAACUUUAUGAAAAGAUUAUCGACGUGAUCUUGCCCUUUCUGGAUCUUCAGUAUGUUCGGGUUGAGGUGGGCAUUCAAGUCAAGGGGAUAAUAGUGACAAUAAUCAAUCUAUUUCAUGAAAAAAUACGAAGCCCUUUCCAUUGUACUAUGAUUAAGGAAUUCCUUUACAGAAAUGUAUUUGAGUUCAAUUUGAGCUCUUUGUUUGCUCUUUUUACAAGUAACCAAGGUCUGAUCACUGUUGACCAUCCCAUUCAUGAAAUUGUUCAGGAUAACAAUAAGAAGCUCAGCAUACUGAGUUCAUGUGUCACAUUGAUUCAGAUUUUUUUAGAACCGAAGUACAGUGAAGUAUUAGGCUUAGAAGACAAAGCAUGGGAGCUGGAAAGUUCAAUUCGAAAGGUCUUUUUCUGCCUGGAUUCAUUUUUAAACAGCUUUAAGCAACAAACUGAAAAACUAAUAGAUAUGCCCGUAAACAAGUUCAUUCAUGUACUGGACUAUUAUACAUCUAUUUUAUUUACGUCCUUGUUGAAAUACUUCAUCGAGGAUUUGACAUUUCCUUCUUCCAAGAGGUUCUUGCUGUUAUCCAAAGCAAGGGAAUAUCUGCAUGGAAAUCAUUUACAGCAGUUUCCAAAACUUCAAGCUAGUUUGGCCAACUGUUUAUUGAAACUGCUAUAUCACUUGGUCGGCCAAGAUGAUGUUUUCGUGAUGAAAAAAUCAUUGAACAUCUCACCAGAGUGGCUCCUCAAGGCUGAAUUGUCGUUGGAUCCUCUUCUAGUCCAUGUCUUAAAUGUGUGUUCACUUGUUUUUGAGUACAAGUCUUCGGACUCUUUUUCUUUUACUAAAGAUCAUGUUCGAAUCCUAUCACAACCGACUACUGUUUCCAUUCACCAGCUCAAGCUUCAAAUUUUAACCUCUCUGAUGGAAAGGAAUACCAGCAUAGAUGUCAACAGAGAACUACUCCUUUGUAGAGACAAUGAAAUUGUCUCAGUAAUGCCACCUUCUAAUGAUAUAUCUAUGUUGUUAGAUUCCGAAGUUUUAUCAACCGACGAGCAAAUGUCAGCUUGGCUAAGAUUAGUUGUUUCAAAUUGUAACCUCGCAACGCUUUCAGGUCUGGAGAUGAUUUAUUUGAUUCAGAGUCUGGGAAAAGCUGCAUGUAUCUCGGCUCAUGAUUUCAAUUUUCCACUUGGACGGUGCAAUAAAUGUGACACUGUUCGGCGGGAUUCUUCCCAUCCAAUAAAAUAUGUUUCAUACUCCAGACCUUCCUCCAAUUCCAAUCACAAUAUUUCCACUAUACUGAGCCUUCUCCAUCAGCUACUGGAGCUUGACUCUGUUCGAAAGAGUGACGUUCACACAUUGAAUCUGCUCUUAUCUCUUAGGAGAGUCUUUACCUCCUAUCAGCCGCCGCCAUUGACAAACAGCUGCGUUGUAUGGAAGUUUAUUUCGUCGGCAACGACGCACAACGUCAGAGAGAUUAGACUGUUGGCUGUCACUUUACUUUCAUUCUAUUUCAUAACUCCUCAAAACACACAAUACAACAACACUUUUCUCAAAAUUUCAACCUUUCUGGGCCAGAUUACUCUUUCAGAUUCAAAUUCGUAUUUGACUGAAUCCACGGUACUGGCUUGGGCACAACUGGCACUUGUGUCAGGGGUUAAUGAGCACCUAUAUGUGACUCUGAUGAAAUUGAUAAACUAUGUCGGAUCACAAUCCCAGAUUCAAUCAACAUUGGCUAUCCACUCACUAAAGACAAUUGCAUACAUUCAAGAAAAAACUCCGUACCAACUAUUGUAUCCCUUUUUGCCAAAGUUUAGUGUUAUUGUGGUGAAACAGCUCAAGUCUAGACCAAUGUUGGUAGACAGUUUCACCAAACUUGUUUCACUUAGUUUACAGGCGUUCCUCAAGAGAACCCAAGAAUACACAGUGCCUUAUGUUUUGCAAUCCUACAAACAUGACAUUAUUGGAAUAAUGGCUCAUGAAUUGCAAACUUCAAAGCCGGAAUUAAUAGAGACUCAUCUGCCACAGAUACUAGGCUAUUUGCUAACGAUCAACGAUCCGACCUUAGAAAGCGACAGAGUCAAAAUUACUGCAAUUUUGGGGAACAUAAACGGUCACUACCGAAAAAAACCAUUGAAAGACUUGCUCAAGAUUAACUUUGACUAUGAGUUUGCAUGGGCAGUUCUUCAAAAUUACUCCCCAGAAUCACAGAACGAAAAAAGUGUCCGUAGAGCUUUGAUUUUCAUUGCAAGAACCACUUUGGCAAAUAAGUCAGAGACGUUUAAUUUUACGGAAGAGAAAAUUUUGGAACUAUUUUUUGACAAGACUAUACUGGCUAUAAUGCAGUUGUUUUCUUUCACCAUCAACAAUCUAAAAGGUAUACAGCCGGAGCAAAGUAGAUUGCAAGCUCUCUAUUCUAUUAACUAUUUGAUAGAGCUAAGCGGUAGUGCUUUAGUGUCUUGUCUUCCUCAAAUCAGGACGUCUUUACAGGUGUCCAUUAGCAGCAAGCACCUACAGCUUGAGUCGCUGGAGUGUCUGAAAAAAUUGAUAGUUUUACUAAAGGAUAAGGAUCUCUAUUUGAUUUUGGAUUUUGUUGUCUCACUCAUUGUUUUGAAAUACGAUGAGUUAGACGAUCAAAGCAAGAAUGUUUGUCAAAGUAUCAUGGGCAUCUUAUACUCUCAAAAAUUUGAUUCUCUCAAAAAGGAACUUACUAACUAUGUUUUUUCCCUGUCUUCAAAUCAGCAAUUUGUAUCUACCGUUUUGAAAACUAGAAUUGACCAUCGUGCCCCUUCACUACAACUUCUGUCAGAGUUAGCAAAGAGGUGCAACAAUGAUAAUAAAUGGGUCGUUAUGCUUGCUUUGGAUAGCAUUGAAAGCUUUUUAACAGUUUAUGAUAAGUCCUUCCAUAGUGAAGUUGUUUAUCGGAAAAAGUUUUCUGAGUUGGCUCCUCUACUUAUUAAAACACUUUUGAAUACGUCUUUCAAGUUUCGUUUCGAAGAUAAAGGCAUUGCUAGUAAGUGCGCAAAAGUGAUUGCCAAGAUCGGUCUGUUGGAUAUCCCACGUAGCAAUCACAUUUCCAAAAAGGAUUCUUCACGUGUAAUUCUAAGGUUUAACUUCUCAGACACCAGAGAAAGCAUUCGCUUUGUUCGAACAUUUAUUGACAUUAUUUUGGUCAAGGCAUUUUCUGCUUCUGGAAACCCAUCAAGACAAUUGUAUCUUGCAUACAGUAUACAAGAGUAUCUCAAGUUUAUGGGCUUAGAGGAGGUGGACAUAAGUUCUUUGGAGGAGAAGGUGGGAAAAACGAGUGAACCAGAUGUUAAAUUACAGCUUUGGAAUGGAUUUUCGGAUAUUUCAAAGGCAAUAAUAGCACCAUUGCUUCAUUCAAAAUAUACCCUACAGUUUCAUUCUUAUCAUCCCAAGGAGUAUCCGAUUUUUUCUCUUCAAAAGACACAUUCUCAAUGGCUAACUGGUAUCGUUGAUGAUCUCCUCAAUAGAAGUCAAGGUAAGUCUGGAAUAUACCCUCAUGCUCAACACAUAUUCUUUAUCUGUACUUCAGCAGUGCGUGGCGGAGAUCUUUCUGUUUGUGAGUUUAUUCUGCCGUACAUAUGGUACAGCAUCAUAGCUUCAGGAGAUGAAGAAUUGGUCGAACUUUUGUUCUUAGAAUCUUUUGCUAUAUUAGACACAAACAUUGAUGAUCUAAGAUUUGAAAAUGCACGGGACUCGUUGAAAGCAUGUUACCAAACUCUGUUUGAUGUUUUUGACUAUUGUCGGGAAUGUGCUUGUGUUAACAAGCACGGGUUUAGUCCAUCAAGUAGUAGCAACAGCAGAAGAAAAUACAGACAAAGUAACUCACAGAGGUUAGAAGGUUUCUUAUCUAGAUUUCCACAAGAAUUAUUGGCCAAGAGAUCAGCCCAAUGUAAGUUUAAUGAACGAGCUAUCCUUCACUUGGAAGAAAGCUAUAGAGCUAAGAAAAUCCCAAAAGAAGAGUUUAUUUCCACCAUUCAGUCCAUGUAUGCUGAAAUCGAUGACAUUGAUGCAUUAGACGGUGUAUUAAGAAAGUAUUCUACCGCAAGUCUUGAUAAUAAACUGGCCCAAGUUGGGUUCAGCGACAAUUGGUCUGUAACGCUGGAAGCGUUUAAGACCUCCGCAGAGAAUGAAAUACUGCACUACGAUAAUAAUUUUAAGAACAACACAAGAUUACUCAAGACAUUACUAGAACAGCAUUAUUAUUCCUCAGCUUUGGAAAAACUCAGUGCCCUUAUUUCUCAGAUGGAUUGGAAACCAAGCUCCAUACCCACAGAAUGGAUAUCAAUUGGAUUAUUGGCUUCGGUGUUUUCAAGAAGUAUUGAGGAUACAAAAAGGUGGGUAGUUAUUAUAGAAAAGCACCCAGAAACUUCGGUUACCAAUUCGUCUGAGCUGCUUUGUAUUUAUGAAACAGCAAAAGCCUUGAUCAACCUACACGACAAUAAAAAGGACGCAACUCUCAAGUCUAUAGAGAGGGCUUUUGGAUUUUACUCAAUUCAGCUAUGGAAUGUAAACAGUCUGUCAUUGAUUCGAAAAAGGGACCUAUUUACACAACUUCACUGUCUUGAAGAAUUGCAUCAAAUUGCUAGCUCCACGAAUAGAGACAACUUUGAACUGACCUCUACUGUUUUAGAUUCAAAGAUAGAACACGCGGGGCAUAAUUUUAGUGCUCUUUGGAGUAUAAUUAGUACAAGAAGAGUGGUAGAAGAAAAUCAUCCUAAGAGCUUUGUGAGAGAUGAUUUAAGAAAAACUUGGACUAAAAGUGCUAAGAUUGCUAGGAAGUUUGGUCGUCUUGACCUAGCUAUGAGCUCAAUUGUCAAUGUUAUGUCCUCAAACGACCUAGAUUCAAAUCUAGAGUAUUCUAAAAUUCUUUGGGCUCAAGGCGAGCAGAUUAAUGCAUUAAAGCUUGUGGACAAGAUUCGAACAAGUGACAUUCCAAUGGCUAAAAGAACAUCGGCUAAGAUACAGUUGAAAUAUUCCAAAUGGUUAGAUCAAUCAGCAAAUGCAGGAGCUUCGUUAAUUAUAAAUGAGUACAACGAAGCUAUAAACUUGGAUAACUCCUGGAAUAAACCUCAUUAUCAUCUUGCCAAGUUCUACAACAAGCUGUUGGAAUCCAACUCGAACAGAAUGAUCUCCCUCAAUUCUGAGAUUGAGCAGUCUUCUAGGCACAUUGACGGCUUUUAUGAAGUCAUGGUAGUGAAACACUACGUCAGCUCAUUACUUGGAAGUCCUAAGUACGUAUUUGAAGUACUUCCGAAGAUGAUCACAGUAUGGUUGGAUUUUGCCGCAACAUAUAAACAAAGAGUGAUUCCUUCUGGCUUUAAACCUGAGACCAUUCACAAAAAACUAGAGGAGAAUCGUGCAACCAUACAUAAGUCAAUCAGGUAUGCAUUAGCCAGUCUUCCAAGAUACUAUUGGUAUAUUGCAUUGUCGCAGAUGAUCUCGAGGGUGUUACAUGGAAAUUCGUCGACAAAGAAUCUAUUGAUUACUAUAAUUGCCGAAGUUGUCCGCUAUUAUCCUCAAAGGGCUAUUUGGUCCGUAUUUUCCGUUGUGAGUUCUAUGGAUAAGGAGAGAUCAGUCGUUGGGUCGGAGAUUGUUGAAAAAGUGAAAACGUCUAAAUGCAUUUUGACUGAUGUUAGCAAUUAUGGUGAAUUAUUGGACCAAUGUUGGGGUGUCAUUGAAAAGUUCUACAAUAUUUGCAAUUUGUACGUCAAAGCAGAAAGAAACUCCACGCUUAAGCUACUCACUGAUUUUAAAUUCCGCACUUUGUCUAUUAAUUGCAACCAUUUGGUACUGCCGAUCAAAACAAAUUUUAAUAUUGUGCUCCCAAAUUCGGGGUCUAAUACCAACAAAUCCAAUUCCUCCUUCCCCGCAGAGAAUACUGUCAAGUGCCAUUUAUUUGAGAAUAAUGUUUCCAUUUUAUCAUCUUUACAGAAGCCGAGAAGGGUGUCAAUAUGGGGAGAUGAUGGAGUAAAAUAUUCGAUUUUAUGCAAAGCCAAUGAUGAUUUGCGAAAGGAUGCCAAGAUGAUGGAGUUUUCGAAUGUCAUUGAUCGUUUAUUGAGCAAAGACACUGAAUCAGAAAAACGUAGCUUAUCUGUCUUAUCUUACGCUGUUGUGCCACUAAACGAGAAACUGGGACUUAUUGAGUGGGUGAAUGACUGUUCCACUAUGAAGUCUGUUCUGUUUCAGUAUUACCAGAGUAAAACGGAUGGAGUAAACUUCACGUAUCUGAAAAAUAUGCUGGCCCCUGAAAAACCACUAGAGGUGAAACUGCGGAAUUUCGAAGAAGUGUCGAAAAAGUAUCAACCCUAUUUACGACAUUGGUUCAUGGAAGAGUUUCCAGAUCCUGCUCAAUGGUACCAUGCUAGAAGCACUUUUACUAGAUCGACAGCAGUAAUGUCUAUGAUUGGAUAUCUAACUGGUCUAGGCGAUAGACAUGGAGACAAUAUUCUCAUUUCGCAUGCUACAGGUUCAGUUUUGCAUGUUGAUUUUGAUUGUCUUUUUGGUAAGGGUGAAACACUACAAGUGCCAGAGCGUGUUCCCUUCAGGUUGACGCAAAACAUGGUGGACGCGUUUGGUGUUACAGGCUGUGAAGGCUCAUUUCGAAAGGGAAGUGAAGUAACUCUUGCAUUGAUGAGAAACCACGAGUCCCUUUUAAUGAACACCCUGGAGACAUUUUUGUACGACCCAAUUUUGGAUUGGGCAAGUGGGCAGAAAAACAAGAAGAACAAAUCAAUGAUGUAUAAUGCAGGCCCUGAGGUUGCUAUGGCAGUAAUUCGAAGAAAAAUUAGAGGAAUACUGGAUGCAGACUCUAUGCCUUUGAGUGUAGCUGGGCAGGUAGAAGCUUUGAUACUUGAGGCCACAUCAUCAGAAAAUCUAUGUCAAAUGUUUGUUGGUUGGAUGCCAUUCUUAUAA